AUGUUCCCUCCCGAGUACCCAUUCGCUCCUCCGGCUAUUCGUAUGCACACUCCUAGCGGUCGCUUUCAACCAUCAACUCGGCUAUGCCUCAGCAUCAGUGACUUUCAUCCAAAGUCAUUUAAUCCCGCUUGGGAGGUUUCAACCAUUCUCAUUGGCUUGCUCUCCUUUAUGACGAGCGAAGAGAUGACCACCGGAAGCGUGAGCGCAUCGGAGGCAGAGCGACGAGUGCUGGCGGCGCGGUCUAGGUGGUGGAAUUCUACUGGUGGCGGUUCCCAUGUCAGCGCGACCCCAGGCGUGACCCCUACUGCCAAGGGUAUCAACAAUGUGAAAGCUGGAGACGGCGGUCUAAAGUUUCGCUCGGAGUGGCCAGAGCUUGACCAAGAAAAUUGGAGGUGGAUGAAGGAUAGUCGCAUCGACACCAACACUGGCCAGCUCAUGCCUGAUCCUAGUGCGACUAGAUGCUCUCCAGAGACAAGUGCGCUUCGCCGACGACCGAAUGGUAGCGCUCCGGGACUCGGUGCGGUGAUGGAAGGCGGCCAUGUCGCCCGAGAAGCAGGCCAAAGCUGGGUCCGCCGCAACAAGAUCUGGCUUGGGUUUGCAAUUCUAUUCGGAUAUGCACUUCUGACCAGGCUGCCCGCGCCCGCGGCUCCGCACCCUGUGCCAUCUUCAGAUGCCUCUCCUCCCCCAGGAUGUCCUAUGCACGCAUCUAACACCACACCGGCAAUGCCAGCCCCGUCACCCGCCUCCGAACCUCCCAGUGCCUGUCCAGUCCGGUCUACAGAUUCCCCGUUCUAUGUGCCUCCGAAGUCCAAGUCCCCGGAGUCGCAGCCUCCCUCGAACCCAGCUCCCAGCUCCGACUCGCGUUCUACGCUCUCAAAGCUGAACCCUCUCAACUACAUGUUCGCCUCGAUCUCCCAGGAAAGGGCGCCCAACCAGACUGUAGAUCUCCCGGUGGAGCGAGAAGUCUCGUCCAUCCCCAGAUCCGAUAUGAAUGAGAACUGGGAAUAUCCUUCCCCCCAGCAGAUGUACAACGCCAUGCUGCGCAAAGGUUACACCGAUACCCCGCAGGAUGCCGUCGAGGCCAUGGUUGCUGUUCACAACUUCUUGAAUGAGGGCGCUUGGGAUGAGAUUGUUCGGUGGGAGCGUAUAUUCUCCAAGGGUUUGGCAGAUGGCUGGGAGAAAUGCCGUCGCGGAGAGGAGAACAUCGUGAUGGACGAGCUUAAGGAGCAGAUGUCUAGGGCUCCCAAGCAGGAUGUUCCUCCGCCGCGACUCAUCCGAUUCCAGGGUCGUCCGCAAGACCUAACGCCCAAGGCACGGAUCCUUCAGGCUUUGGGCUGGGUGUAUCCUGCCAAAUUCGAGUCAAACCCACCUUUCGAUCGCCACGAUUGGUUCGUAAUGCGGCAGACGCCAUCCGGUCCUAAGGAAGUCCGUUAUGUUAUUGACUACUACUCCGGCCCUCCCGAACCCACCGGAGAGCCUGUUUUCUACUUGGAUAUCCGACCGGCCCUGGACACCCCAACUGCCGCUGUUGAGCGACUAAUGAGAUGGGGAGGAGAUGUCUGGUGGCGUGCCAGUGGCGCCUCCGUUCGGGAAAACUAA